CCUCGUGCCCUUAAUGACUGUUCCAGGUCGCGCAACACUUGGCCAAGUCGUACGGCGACCGCGCGUUCGCGGUGGCCAAGAUGGCGGCCAUGACCGGUAAGCGGUGGCCCAUCAUCGGCAAGAAGGUGCAUCCCGAGUUCCCUUACAUCGACGCUGAGAUUCGAUAUGGUGUUCGGGAAUAUGCGUGCACAGCUGUAGACAUGAUCGCGCGGCGCUUGCGUCUGGCCUUCCUCAACGUGCAGGCCGCGUCCGAGGCGCUGCCCGCCAUCGCUGAUAUUAUGGCCGAGGAGCUCAAGUGGAGCGACGCAGAGAAAGCCAGACAAAUCAAAAUGGCGAAUGACUUCCUAGCAGCCGAGAUGGGCCAGAUGGUGAACCGGGCCAGUCGCGACAAGAUCCCCAUUAACCUGUCCAAGGACGAAAUCCAGACCUACAUCAAGCGCUUCCAGAUCAUCGACAAGGACAGGAAGGGAUACGUCUCUAUCAACGACAUCAGGAGAAGUCUUAAGAGCAUGGGCUUGAGGCCGAGCGACGCGGAAAUUAGCUCGAUUCUCUCCGAGAUCGACGUCACGUACCACGGCCAGAUGGAGAUCCAGGACUACCUGCAGGUAGACCGAGAGCGGGGUCAAUGUCCUUCACGCGCCAUUUGUGUUGUCGAGGGUGUCAAUGGUGUCAAACUGCGAAUUUACGAUUUGCAUUUGUUUUUCGAAUGGUAUUUAGACGAUUUUGCAGCAGAAUCGAUAUAAUAAUUGGUUUCUUGA